AUGAAAUGGUUUGACAAUCUACCUCCCAGAUUGGUGACUUGUUUUGAUGAGCUGGCAAGGAAGUUCCUUACCAAAUUUUCCUUCCAGAAGGACAAAGUAAAGCAUGCUUCGAGCUUGCUAGGAAUCAAGCAGGAAGUCAGAGAAACACUUUGGGAUUAUAUGGGGAGAUUUAAUAAAGCAUGCCUGGAGAUACAUAACUUGCCCACCGAAGCAGUAAUAAUGGCAUUAGUUAAUAGCCUUAAAGAAGGACCAUUCUCUCAAUCCAUAUCAAAGCGACACCCAACUUCCUUGUACGAAGUCCAAGAACGGGCAGAGAAGUACAUCAACAUAGAAGAAAAAGCUCGACUACGAGAACUUCUCCCAAAGUCCAGCCUGCUUUACCCACCUCAGAAAAAAGAGAAAGAAGCCAAGAAAACGGAGGAAUACAACUCGGAGAAAACUCAUAGAUACCAUAGCUACACUUUUCUACGAGUUUCCCUUGUGGAUGUAUAUAGGGAGAUAUGUCAUACCGAAAAACUUCCACCACCUCGUCCUAUUAAGCAUAAGAAGGCCGGAAGUCGGAACGAGUAUUACGAAUACCACAAGCUUUAUAAGCAUUCAACAAAUGACUUCUACGACCUGAAAAUUGUCAUUGAAAAGUUGGCCAGAGAAGGUCGACUGGAUAGAUACUUGGUUGAGCGGCCCGAAGACCCAAGGAAAAGAAGGAGGGACGAAGAAGCAGGAUAG